CUCACACCUUGAGCCGCCGCAACGCUUUGCUCAACCCUCACUCUUAAACAAGUGGUUCCCAUGAAAGAGAGAUCCGAGGCCAAACCAACGGAAGUAUCUCAUUAGAAAUAAGCGGAUGGCUCCUUGAUCAUCGCUCACUCUCUCAUCGACCUGUUUGUUCGUCCCACGGUCAUGGCUCAACCCCGCGAGCUACACCUCGCGAGAGCCUUCUCCCAGUGCCCCAUCACGGCCCUCGCCUUCUUCCGCGCCGCGUCAUAUCUCCUAGCCGGCGAAGAUACUCACCUGGCCAUCUACGACCUGCGCGCCGGCCAUGUCGUCGCCCGCGUGCGCGUCUUCCCUGGACAGCCCAUCCAUGGCAUCCGCGUCUUGAACGGGCGCGUGCUGCUCUGGGGCGCCGCCAAGAUCGCGGCCGCUGGGGAAGAUGCUCUGGAAGAACUCAUCCAGGGGGGAGAUCCUCAUGCGCUGGCGUUGAAGAGGGUCACAGCCCCAGAUUGGAUCUACGACGCCGCCCUGUCGCCGUUUGACACCGAAACCGCGGCCCUCAUUACGGCGCACAACGAAGUCAUCCCGGUGCGAUUUGACUCGCCUGAUGGCACGCCCAUACUCGGUGCCGUCGUCUCCCCGUCGCGACCCAUGCUCUAUGCCGCAAACCUGAAGUGGGUGUCCAACGACUGCAUCCUCGUCGCUGGUGGCACCGUCUUCGGCGACAUCCUCAUGUGGAAGUACCACCUGAACCAGGAACAAUCAGAAAUGAUCUCCGUCCUCGCCGGCCACGAGGGCUCCAUCUUUGGCGUGCACAUCUCGGACGAGCUGCCCUGCGCAGACGGUUCCAAGAUCCGGUUGCUUGCGAGCUGCAGCGACGACCGUACGGUGAGGAUUUGGGAUGUCACGGAUCGACAAGGGGAGAAGGUCGGGGGAAACACUCAGCACGAACUCGUCGCCCCGCGUGAGACAGGUUUCGGAUCGACACCGGGACUCGGGGGCGCCGAAACGGAACGCCCCGUUGCAGUCGUCAUGGGACAUGCGUCGCGGAUCUGGGGGGUCAAGUUUGCCCCGUCGAUUCCAGGGGAUGUGCAGCCAGCGAAGACCCUGGCGGUGUACUCGUUUGGCGAGGACUCGACCAUGCAGCGCUGGCGGCUGGACUUGGAUACCUCAUCCUCAGGAGACGCGCGCGACCCGUUGAAGAGGGUGUCCGCCGUGAUCAAACACCAAGAGACGAUUGACGUGCACGAUGGCAAGCAUCUGUGGUCCCACGCCAUCACAACCGUUGGUGGCCGGACCCUAAUCGCUACUGGCGGUGCAGACAGCAAGAUCUCUCUCCUGACAGAGUCGACCACGUUGACGCCUGGUUUCGGACACAAGCCUAUUCAUGAAACCACCACACUCAACCUGCAAGAGGUUCUCGGUUCCUUGCCCAAUGCAAGUGUUCUCCCCCGCGGCCGCGGCCCCGAAAUCAUCGGGCGUUACGACUUCUUUUCGCAGGAUGAGGUGUUGGCAACGACCUCGCUAGGGCGCUUGAUGCUAGGCACGUUCGACAAGGGCUUACAGUGGCGGGAAGUCCAUCUCGAGGACUCUAUCGCAGCGGGUAUUCGGUCCUGCUACGUUCUGAAGACCAUUGGAAACGGGGCAGCGCUGUUAGGAACAAACCAUGGAGGCCUUUAUCAUUACUGUGGCACGCAAGGGAUGACAUUUAUCGGCACGGUCCCGGGCAAGGUCGUCAAUAUUGUAUUGCUUACCGAGGCGCACGACACUUCCGUGGAGCUCCUCAUUCACCUCCAUGGAACUCCCGACGCGCAAUUCUUCGCGUUGGACUGGCGCACAGGAGCCGUGCUGGCAACAGCCGACGUUCGUGGGAUGGAUCCCCGCUUUGUUGCCAUGUCCGCGGCGAAAAUCAAGGGGGGCUUGAUCGCCAUCGGAUCCCGACACGGCUGGUUGUCCGUGUUGAGACAAGGCGAGGAGGGGUUCCGUCCCGUCUUGGACUUUGCGACGAGCAGCAGGGAUGCCAUCACGGGCAUCGUCCCGCUCCCUGGAAACGAUACCGAUGGCACAGCCUCACCGUACUUCUUGUCUACAAGUCGGGACAGUAACUACAGGAUUUACGAGAUAGAAAACGCAGACUCGGAUGUACGGUUACACUUGCGAAACGAAACGGCUCCUCCCUUUGGUUCCAUUAUCGAAGGCGGGUGGUUUACGCGGGAUGCCGACCCGGAGCUCAUCCUGUAUGGCUUCAAGAGCAAGAAGCUGAUCGUAUGGAACGAAACACGCCGGGAAGAGAUUGCGACCAUCGAAUGCGGAGGUGCCCACCGAACCUUUACCUUGAUGCACAACCCGACGGACCCUCAUCAUCUCCGUUUCGGAUUCACAAGAACAUCCAAGCUUUUCAUCUACUCGCAAAGCGGGUCGGUGCACCGGCCGAUCAAGACUGGGACGCACGGGAGAGAGAUUCGAACGCUUAGCUGCAACGGUCGAUAUAUUGCUACCGGCUCCGAGGACACGACAGUCCAGAUCUGGGAGUAUAGCAGGCAACAGCAGGGAGCAGGGCGCGGACGAGAGAUGCGGUGUCUGGCAUCGAUGAAGUUGCACAUCGCUGGUAUGCAGCAGGUGAAAUGGCUCGGCGAGGAUUACCUCCUGAGCAGCGCUGGCAAUGAAGAGUUCUUUGUCUGGAGGGUACGGAAGCUCAAAAACACCACCUAUAGGGGGCUGGGCGUACUGUGCGAGGCAGUCUUUGAUGACAAGAGCAAGCACGGGGACCUUCGGAUUAUGGACUUCGAGGCUAGCAAGGUUGGUCCUAAUGGCAAUAUCAUCAUCACCAUGGUGCUGUCCAACUCGACUCUGAAAACAUAUUGUUAUACGCCAGGCGCGUCCUUUCGGCUCUUGGCUCAGAUGUCCUACACGGGAGCUUGCCUCACACAGGUACGCCACCUCGGGGUGGACGAAAACGGCCUUUCGGCACUCACAGCUUCAACCGAUGGACACUUGGCCACCUGGGAAGCGAGAUUCGACCAUGUUAAGACCGUAAGUCAUGUUUUGGUACAUGUAGCCCCGGUACACCAGAACGGUAUCAAGAGUCUGGACCUAAGGGCAACGCCGGAAGGGUUCCAGGUGCUGACUGGUGGUGAUGACAAUGGGCUUGGAGUCACGUCUCUGGCGGUCUUGUCGGACGAGGCAGGAAUCAGGCGUUACACAGUAUCUGGCAGGGGCAUCGUGCGGAAGGCUCACGCGGCAGCUAUUAACGGGGUAGCAUUGAUACAGCGCGGCGAGGCAACACUGGGAGUCAGUGUUAGCAACGAUCAGCGUGUGAAGAUAUGGCAAAUCAGUGCGGAGAAGACAGAGCUGGUUGCCGAUGAGUAUAGCGGUGUAGCGGAUCCGGGAGGUGUCGAGGUGAUGGCAAGCACUUCGGAUGACGAAAACAGCGACAGGCUGAUAGUUGGCGGAGUGGGUAUCGAAGUCUGGACAGUUUAGUUGACUUCCGAGAUGAUACAAGACCAAAAGCCCAAACAAUGCACAUGUAAUGGCCAUGGGACAUAUAGAAAGAGAUACCAACCAGGCCAGUGGUACUUUGCGUUACCCGAGGAGUUGAGCAAACCUGGUCAAGCUACCCUUGCUUCAUCCUACUACAGGACCACUCGUUGCAAUCCCGCUUGU